AUGGAGCGCGCUCGGAUAGAAGCGGAACGUAGAGUGAGGGGGUUGAAUCUGGAGAUGGGGAUGGCACAUAGGCAUGGAGAGGCUGUUGGAAACAACAUAGGGCCAAUGGAUAUAGAAUUUAUUUUGAGAGAAAGCAACCUGCAGGCUAUAGGUGGAAGACGUGGAAUAGAAGAACGUGACAUGUGGCAGGAGGGUGGGGAGACCAGGUACCAAGAAAUUGCGCGCGAUCAAAAUUCAGUAAGUCGUAGACGAGGAGAAAAUAGGGGACUGGGGGGUGCAAUAUUUUCGUCAAUGGGAAGUAGUAGCCAAGAGGCUGAAGAAGAAAACCGAGGCGGUGGAGGCGGAAAGAAGACUUUGUCCGAGAGACAGGAAACUGAAGAGCAACGACUAGAAAGGCACCGAGCAAAUGAACAACGGAAAUACCUAGAAAGAGUAAAACGAAAGCAGGAAACUAUGAACGGGAAUGAUCCGAUUAAAAAGGAGAAGCUUGAACAGAAAAGGAUUCAAAGAAAUAAACAACAAAAACAGAAAUAUCACGAAAAAAAAGAACGAGAAGAAAAUCGAAGAUGGUGA